GCCCACGCACUUCCGGCCUCGGACCCGCCCCAAACACCCAAGCGCCCCAGCGCCUCAUCUCUAGGUCCGGAAAUAAACGAACAUCUCCGAUUAUGGUUAUACCAGGGUCGAGGGUUUCCGAAUAUAUUCGAUUCAAAGCUUCGGCAAGACGAAGAAAACCGAGCCUGAAAGCAGGGCGAGAAAAGGGGCGCUGCAGGGCGGAUGGAAAGAAUUGAUUGGUAACGAUGUGGAGACGGAAACAUCCGAGGACAUCCGGAGGAAUCCGGGGAGUUCUGAGUGGUAAUCGAGGGGUAGAGUAUGGCAGUGGGCGGGGUCAUCUCGGUACGUUCGAAGGGCGUUGGCGGAAAUUACCGAAGAUGCCCGAAGCCGUCGGGACGGACCCGAGUACCUCACGCAAGAUGGCGGAGCUGGAGGAGGUGACUCUGGACGGGAAGCCUCUUCAGGCGCUGCGGGUGACCGACCUGAAGGCCGCACUGGAGCAGCGAGGCCUAGCCAAGAGCGGGCAGAAGAGUGCCCUGGUCAAGCGGCUCAAAGGGGCUCUAAUGCUAGAAAAUUUACAGAAACACUCAACACCCCAUGCUGCAUUCCAGCCAAAUUCCCAGAUUGGUGAGGAAAUGAGCCAGAACAGUUUCAUAAAACAGUAUCUGGAAAAGCAGCAGGAGCUACUUAGGCAGCGUCUGGAACGUGAAGCUCGAGAAGCUGCAGAACUUGAAGAAGCUUCAGCUGAGUCGGAGGACGAGAUGAUCCAUCCUGAGGGAGUGGCUUCCCUGCUGCCUCCUGACUUUCAGAGCAGCCUGGAGAGACCAGAGCUGGAGCUCAGCAGACAUUCGCCCAGAAAAAGCUCCUCAAUUUCUGAAGAGAAAGGUGACUCUGAUGAUGAGAAACCAAGGAAAGGAGAAAGACGAUCAUCUAGGGUCAGACAGGCAAGAGCAGCUAAACUGUCUGAGGGCAGCCAACCUGCUGAGGAGGAAGAGGAUCAAGAAACACCUUCCAGAAACCUAAGGGUCAGAGCAGAUCGAAAUUUGAAAACAGAGGAGGAAGAGGAGGAGGAGGAGGAGGAGGAAGAAGAUGAUGAAGAAGAGGAAGAUGAUGAUGAGGGACAAAAAUCUAGGGAGGCACCAAUCCUGAAAGAGUUUAAGGAAGAAGGGGAAGAGAUGCCUAGAGUAAAACCAGAGGAGAUGAUGGAUGAGAGACCCAAAACAAGAUCCCAGGAACAGGAGGUGUUAGAGAGAGGAGGGAGAUUUACAAGAUCCCAGGAAGAGGCUAGAAAAAGUCAUCUGGCCAGACAGCAGCAGGAGAAGGAAAUGAAAACAACAUCUCCCCUUGAGGAGGAAGAAAGAGAAAUAAAAUCUUCACAAGGCUUAAAGGAAAAAUCGAAGUCUCCUUCCCCUCCUCGACUGACUGAAGAUCGAAAGAAGACCUCACUUGUAGCGCUGCCAGAGCAAACUGCCAGCGAGGAGGAGACUCCUCCACCUUUACUAACAAAGGAAGCAUCUUCACCACCUCAUCCACAGCUCCAUAGCGAAGAAGAAAUAGAGCCCAUGGAAGGCCCAGCCCCCCCUGUCCUCAUUCAGUUAUCUCCUCCUAAUACAGAUACUGACACCAGGGAGCUAUUAGUAUCUCAGCAUACUGUCCAGUUGGUAGGAGGCCUGUCUCCUUUGUCAAGUCCUUCAGACACCAAAGCAGAAUCUCCAGCAGAGAAAGUGCCAGAGGAGAGUGUCCUGCCUCUGGUUCAGAAAAGCACACUGGCUGACUACUCAGCCCAGAAGGAUCUUGAACCUGAGUCAGACAGAUCUGCUCAGCCCCUCCCUCUAAAAAUUGAGGAAUUAGCACUGGCCAAAGGAAUCACUGAAGAAUGUCUGAAACAGCCAUCUUUGGAACAGAAGGAAGGCAGAAGAGCUUCUCAUACCCUUCUCCCAAGCCACAGAUUGAAACAGUCAGCUGAUUCAUCCUCUAGCCGGUCCUCCUCAUCUUCCUCCUCCAGUUCUAGAUCAAGAUCUCGCUCUCCUGACAGUUCAGGUUCUCGGUCUCAUUCACCGCUCAGAUCCAAGCAGAGAGAUGUAGCCCAGGCACGUACUCAUGCCAACCCUCGUGGUAGACCCAAGAUGGGCUCCAGAUCAACAUCAGAGUCCAGAUCAAGGUCACGUUCACGUUCACGUUCUCGUUCAGCAUCAAGCAACAGCAGAAAAUCUCUGAGCCCUGGAGUCUCCAGGGACAGCAGCACCAGCUAUACUGAAACCAAAGAUCCCUCUUCUGGUCAGGAGGUUGCAACUCCACCAGUGCCACAACUGCAGGUCUGUGAGCCAAAGGAGAGGACUUCCACCUCCUCAUCCUCUGUCCAAGCAAGGCGUCUGAGUCAGCCUGAAUCAGCUGAAAAGCAUGUGACCCAGAGGUUACAGCCUGAGCGGGGGAGCCCAAAGAAGUGUGAAGCUGAAGAGGCAGAGCCACCAGCUGCCACACAGCCCCAAACCUCAGAGACUCAGACCUCUCAUCUGCCAGAAUCAGAAAGAAUUCAUCACACUGUUGAGGAGAAGGAGGAAGUGACCAUGGACACAAGUGAAAACAGACCUGAAAAUGAUGUUCCAGAACCUCCCAUGCCUAUUGCAGACCAAGUCAGCAAUGAUGACCGCCCGGAGGGCAGUGUUGAAGAUGAGGAGAAGAAAGAGAGCUCGCUGCCCAAAUCAUUCAAGAGGAAGAUCUCCGUUGUCUCAGCUACCAAGGGGGUGCCAGCUGGAAACAGUGACACAGAGGGGGGCCAGCCUGGUCGGAAACGACGCUGGGGAGCCAGCACAGCCACCACACAGAAGAAACCUUCCAUCAGUAUCACCACUGAAUCACUAAAGAGCCUCAUCCCCGACAUCAAACCCCUGGCGGGGCAGGAGGCUGUUGUGGAUCUUCAUGCUGAUGACUCUCGCAUCUCUGAGGAUGAGACAGAGCGUAAUGGCGAUGAUGGGACCCAUGACAAGGGGCUGAAAAUAUGCCGGACAGUCACUCAGGUAGUACCUGCAGAGGGCCAGGAGAAUGGGCAGAGGGAAGAAGAGGAAGAAGAGAAGGAACCUGAAGCAGAACCUCCUGUACCUCCCCAGGUGUCAGUAGAGGUGGCCUUGCCCCCACCUGCAGAGCAUGAAGUAAAGAAAGUGACUUUAGGAGAUACCUUAACUCGACGUUCCAUUAGCCAGCAGAAGUCCGGAGUUUCCAUUACCAUCGAUGACCCAGUCCGAACUGCCCAGGUGCCCUCCCCACCCCGGGGCAAGAUUAGCAACAUUGUCCAUAUCUCCAAUUUGGUCCGUCCUUUCACUUUAGGCCAGCUAAAGGAGUUGUUGGGGCGCACAGGAACCUUGGUGGAAGAGGCCUUCUGGAUUGACAAGAUCAAAUCUCAUUGCUUUGUAACGUACUCAACAGUAGAGGAAGCUGUUGCCACCCGCACAGCUCUGCACGGGGUCAAAUGGCCCCAGUCCAAUCCCAAAUUCCUUUGUGCUGACUAUGCCGAGCAAGAUGAGCUGGAUUAUCACCGAGGCCUCUUGGUGGACCGUCCCUCUGAAACUAAGACAGAGGAGCAGGGAAUACCACGGCCCCUGCACCCUCCACCCCCACCCCCGGUCCAGCCACCACAGCACCCCCGGGCAGAGCAGCGGGAGCAGGAACGGGCAGUGCGGGAACAGUGGGCAGAACGGGAACGGGAAAUGGAGCGGCGGGAGCGGACUCGAUCGGAGCGUGAAUGGGAUCGGGACAAAGUUCGAGAAGGGCCCCGUUCCCGAUCAAGGUCCCGUGACCGCCGCCGCAAGGAACGUGCGAAGUCUAAAGAAAAGAAGAGUGAGAAGAAAGAGAAAGCCCAGGAGGAACCACCUGCCAAGCUGCUGGAUGACCUUUUCCGAAAGACCAAGGCAGCUCCCUGCAUCUAUUGGCUCCCACUGACUGACAGCCAGAUCGUUCAGAAAGAGGCAGAGCGGGCCGAACGGGCCAAGGAGCGGGAGAAGCGGCGAAAGGAGCAAGAAGAAGAAGAGCAAAAGGAGCGGGAGAAGGAAGCCGAGCGGGAACGGAACCGACAGCUGGAGCGAGAGAAACGUCGGGAGCACAGUCGGGAGAGGGACAGGGAGAGAGAGAGAGAAAGGGAGCGGGACAGGGGGGAUCGAGAUCGGGAUAGGGAAAGGGACCGAGAACGAGGCAGGGAAAGGGAUCGCAGGGACACCAAGCGCCACAGCAGAAGCCGGAGUCGGAGCACACCUGUGCGGGACCGGGGUGGGCGCCGCUAGGUGGGAAAACACUAGAGCUGCAGGUACCAGCCACUCGGCCCCAGGGGGUUAUGGCCACAGAGGGAUAGGCACAGUCUCCACCACCCUGGAGCCAAGGGUCUUUCACAUCACCUAUCCCUACAUACAUACCAAAUGGAAAAGUGGCCAUCCUUUUCCCCCCAAACACACCCCCUUAACCUAUCUCUUGGGACUUAGCCCGACCCUCCCUCUCAUUUCCCAUUAAGUCUGAGAGGCAAGAGCUAGGUUAGGCAAGGAGGUGGUUGGCCAGAGAUGGGGAACAGCCAGGUGCCCCAGUCCUCUGAUUUUUCCUCCAUCCUGCUUACCACCUCCCUGGGUACUUACAGCCUUCUCUUGGGAACAGCCGGGGCCAGGACUGGGUCACCUAUGAGCUGAAUCAGCAUCUCCUCCUGAGUCCCAGGGCCCCUGCAGUUCCCAGUCUCUUCUGUCCUGCAGCCCUUGCCUCUUUCCCACAGGUUCCACUUUCUAUCCACCUUUUCCUUUUGUUCAAUUUUUAUUUUUAUUUUUUUUAUUAUUAAAUGAUGUGGUCUAUGGAAAAAAAAAUAAAAAUCUGACUUAGUUUUAAA